GGAGCCGCGGAGCGGGGACGAGCCUUCAGUGGGAGCCUCUCGGUUUCCACUACAGUCAUGUGACACAUAGUAGAACUCCGUGGGAGCGGAGCGGACGGUCGGACCGCAGCGCUGCGUGGAUAGGUGAACCCCGUGCGGAUAAACGGCUGCUUCUCCGACCCAGAGGUGACGCAGAGCCCACGGAGUCUCCCCGGACCCGGACCCUGACCACGAAAUCCGGCAUCCAGCCUGGACACCUCUGGAUUGUUUCCUGUACGGCUUUGAGGUUCUCAUUGGAGUGGGGAGGGUGACCUUGGUUACUGUAGUUUAUUUGGUCUACCCAUCUCCACUGCCAAGGACAAGUUCUCUCGGAUCUGUGUAAACAGACUGCAGAAUCGAGCCAGAGGAGGCAGUUUGGCCAGGGAUGGUGGAUAACUCUCCAGCGAGCAGAGAGACUUCCCUUCCACUCAGCUGUUCUCUACGUGCCUAUAGCCCACUAGACAUGGUGUCGGACCUCGGCUCCUACCAGGUGAUCCCGUCACCGUUUUCAGACGACGAUGUGAGCGUGCUAUCCAGUCCUCGCUCCUGCUCCAGCCCAGAUUCGCCGGAGCUCAGCUCCAGCUGUGGAAGCAGCUCCAGCGCUGAAAGCCAGGACAGCAUCCUGGACCACCUGCUGUCCCAGACCUCCUUAGGAAGUGCUGGCAGAGUUUCUGCCGCACCCGAGCCACUAAACGCCUUCCAGUGGGACUCGAGGGGAGACGAGCCGUCCAAAGACAAGCCGGCGGAGGAGGAAGACUUUAACUUUCUCACUUGGUCAAAUGUGGAGACAGCAGAACAGCUUUUAGGGUCGUUCCAUCCGACACUGGAGGAGAUUGAAGAAUUCCUUGAGGAGAAUAUGGAGAUGGUGACGGUGAAGCAGGAAGGGUUUGACGUUGGACCAGAGGAGACUUUUGGUUUAGAUGGGGGUCUGGAGUGUUGCAGGGCGUCCACUUCUGAGCUCAAGUUGGAGCCAGAUGCCAAGCAUUCAGACCAAACUGUCCCCACUGCCGGCACCUCUGGUCCAGCCACGGCGGCCUUGCCCAUCAGCAAAGCAUCAUCGGCCAACCCAAUGCACGAAUCUGUCGCAGGGGCCAAGAAAACCUCAACCAACAAACCGUCAUUAGAAGACAGGUCCACAAGCAGCAGCGGGACGCCCGUCGUCGUCCAGAUUCAGCCCAUCCGGGUGAAGCAGGAGCCCACGCUGACCCCGGUUACUCCGGCAGCCCAGCCCUCAGAGCCUGGCCUCGUCUCAGACAUCAAAAUUGCACAACUGCUGGUCAACAUCCAGGGACAGACUUUUGCCCUGGUGCCCCACAUCAUGCCAUCCCCCAGCCUCAGUGUCUCCAAGUUCGUACGGAUUGCGCCAGUCCCCAUUGCAGCCAAGCCCCUCGGGCUGGGGGAGAGCGCUGCCAGCCAGGCGUCAGCCAUUCUCAUUGGAGGUCAAAGGUUCCAGAAGAAUCCCGUCGCAGAUCUCAUUAAAAUGCACAAGUGCUCUUUUCCUGGCUGCAACAAGAUGUACACAAAAAGCAGCCACCUGAAGGCCCACCUGAGGAGGCACACCGGGGAAAAGCCGUUCGCCUGCAACUGGCAGGGCUGCGGAUGGAGGUUUUCUCGGUCUGAUGAGCUGUCCCGUCACAGGAGAUCCCAUUCGGGCGUCAAACCCUACCAAUGCCCCGUGUGUGAGAAGAAGUUUGCCCGCAGUGACCACCUGUCAAAACACAUCAAAGUCCACCGCUUUCCACGAAGCGGCCGGACAGUUCGUUCGGCCAACUGACUCUUCCGUGUACUUCCAGGGAUCGCAGGGGAGGAUCGGCUCCUCAAAGUAACACCACAGAAGUAUUGUAAGGACGCGUGCGUACAUGAGCCUCAAAACCUUUCUCUACAUCGGAACUGUCUGGGAUUUGCUGUAAUCAACCGGAAACCCAGGGACAGCCGAGUCCAGUAACCCCUCCAGUAGUUUGAAACAAGCCACCAUUGCAUAGUUUCUCUGGAACAACUGUGUCUGCACUGAUAUUUUGUUCUGUCUGUUCUGUCAUCAGAAGAUACGGUAAGCUUGUUUUCAUUUAGUCCUGAUGAUGCCAGCAGGGCCUGCGAGGCCUUCACUGCAGGCCUAAACACCUUUAGGAUCCCUACAACCUAAAUUAUAUAUUCAAUUGAGUGUCAUUGAUUUACUUCCAAUAGUAAGUACUGGAAGUAAACACUUCCAAUACUUGUAACUAUUCUCUUGGCUCCGCUGCUUCCUGCACAUGUGUAGGUGGAUUCUUGAUGUUUCACCCAAUCAGAUUUCAGUCUUUAUGUGUUGCCAGGGUCAAUCUAAUCGGCCUUCAGAAUCAGUAGAGCAGGCCCACUUUCAGUCAAACGGUUCAUCAACUUUCAGAUUCGCCAUAUAGAAAGCCCCCAGUGACGUCAGAAGUUUUCCGGUCUUUGAUUGGACGGUCAGAUGGACCGCAAUAAGCCCCAAGUUUUCCAUACAUGCUAGGCUACGUGAUGAUGGAGCAUUUUCUCCAUGGUUACUAAUGGUUAGACGCAUACCUUCUCCAUAAUCCUAUAUUUGAUAUUUUUGUAAUCAUACUUACUUAUAAGGUAUAUGAACGUUAAUCUUCUUACCUUGUAAAAAGCAUUUUCUGUAAAUCCGCGGUUACACCGACGGCUGCCGGUCAUUAUGAUUGACGGCUGAUAUCCAUCACCGCCAUAUAUUUCCUCAUUAAUAGUUGUACAAUAAAUUGACAAGUUUGGUUUCUAUCCUUAUCUGUUUAUACAACGCAGCAUCUUUUGACAAUUUUUAAAGUGAAAUCAACUAAAUAACAGCGAUAAUAGGUUACAGAUGUCUGCUUUUUGACAGGCUUUACAGAAACGUUUAGGUUGUUUUGACGUCUGUCACGGCGGAGUGGGCCGAGGUCUGAACAGCGUGACGUCAUGUGCAACUGUAACAUUAUCCCGCGGCGGAUUUAAAUGGUAAACUCCCUCUGAAGGCCCAGAAACCAAAUGCCACUGGGAUUAUGUGGCUAAAAGUCAUGUCUAGUCUGACUUCUAGUUUUUUCUGAGCUGAUUUAGACAUUCCAUCUCUGACAGAAUCUUUGGAUCCCGACUCAAAUCAAGAAAUUUUAGCUAAGUACAUGCUGAUUGUCUUCAGUAUACGUCAAAGUUCAAACCUUACAACAGAUUUCUGUCAGAGAGCAAAAUCUAGCUCAGAAAGUGUGUGUUUUCUUUCAUUUUUUCGCCAGACAUUUUAUUCCCCCACUCUGACAUUAAGCAUCAGAGGUGGACAUGUUGUCACGGCGAUACACUGCACAAAUAACUGCAAAAAUACACAGCAAAAAUAAAAACAAGUUUCAGAGUGAAAUAUAAGACCAUCAUUAGUAUUUAGGGCCUGUACAGCCUUCCGUAUAUCUCACAUGUAGAUGUAGAUGCAGUCUUAAGAUGACAAUCUUCCAAAAAAAAAAAAAAGUCCAGGCAGUAUGACUCACAAAAUAACCAAGGAGGUAGAGGUCUUGAUAAUUAGAUGUAACUCCAAUGGGCAGCUGUCACCUUUUGUAUGUAAAGAUCUUAGUGACUAUUUCGAACAUUUCAAUAUGACUGAAUGCCUCAAUAUGUGAGCUAUUUCACAAAUGACAAAAACCUGCCUCAACUCUACCUUGUAUGUUAACUGCAAACACCUCGAUAGCCUUGCAACUCAGCUAGCAAGAAUAUUUUGUCACUACAAACGCUGAAGUUCACACUUCACACCUGCCUACUGAGCUGCCAGCAGAGGGAACUUGCAGGUAAUUCAGUGACAAUGUCUCUGUUACGGAGUCCCUCCUUACUGCCUGUAAAUAUUAAGGGCUUCCAUCUGCUGUGUGUGACGUAAUAUCAGCAGAUAUACAAUAUGGUACAUCAUUCCAUUGAUUCAGCUUUUGAGUUUGUAAUGCUUGUGUGAACAGAGAGGCAUUUGCAUCCUAUGAUUGUAUGUACAUAUGCAGGACUUGUUCAUCGUUGCAUCAGUGCAACACCACAGAGACUGCUCCGACAGCACAUCCUGCUCAUCCACAUAAAUGGCUGUAAACAUUUCUAGUUGUCUGUAAAGUUGCCUGUACAUAAAUUAGUACAUAUGGAUAUAUAUGUAUAUAUUUUUUUCCUUUGUUCUCUAUUCAUCUACAAAUAAAACCUUUCCAGUAA